UUCGCAUGGUAGCACAAGCGAUCAACGGUGGCGGUUGUAUGCGUCCAACCCCCAUGUGUGAGCACGUGUGACACGCAAACCCUUAUUUAAAAAAUCGUUUCGAAAAAUCUCAAAGAACAUCGUGUUAAUUAACGACGCGAAAUCAACCAGAAAAGAACGGGGGAGAUUAUUUUUAUCAAAAACGCGCGAAAUACGUUAAAACAAUUUUUUUUUAACUGACUAUUAUUUUAUUUUUGUUUUCGGGGUGCUUUUUAAACUAAAAAAAAAAGAUUAAUGUGUUAGUUUUAGUUUUAGUUUAGUUUUUUGGUGCAACUUUACCAAAAUCAUCCCUUAUUUUACAAACGAUUUUAAAUUCGAAAAAGAUUAAUCGUAGAAAUUCAGGCUGGGAGCUACUUCCGGUCCAAUCCCGUCUACAGGCGGGUUUUCACCCGUCUUAUCAGCCGCGAAAACGUUGUCCCUAAGGGACUCCACGUGUGCCGAGGCUUUCUGGAAGAUGCCACAUAAAGAAGAAGACCUUAUGCAUCACGCAACGAUGGGCCAAAAUACAAUUUUUGGAUGUUCUGCUGCAGGUCAUAGUGGUAUUAACCAGCUCGGCGGCGUUUAUGUAAACGGGAGACCGUUGCCAGAUUCGACGCGACAGAAGAUCGUAGAAUUGGCACAUUCGGGAGCGCGACCGUGUGAUAUCUCGAGAAUCCUCCAGGUGUCCAACGGUUGCGUCUCGAAGAUCUUGGGCAGACGCUUUUUCGAUAGGUACUAUGAAACCGGCUCGAUCAAACCUAGAGCAAUCGGAGGUUCAAAACCUCGAGUGGCCACACAACCGGUCGUCCAGAAAAUUGCCGAAUUUAAACGGGAAUGUCCUUCGAUUUUCGCCUGGGAGAUUCGUGAUAGAUUAUUAUCAGAAGGAGUGUGCAAUAAUGACAAUAUUCCAAGUGUGUCUUCAAUAAACCGAGUAUUAAGAAAUUUGGCAUCACAAAAAGAACAACAAGCAACUCAAAGCGAAUCGGUUUACGAUAAGCUGCGUAUGUUCAAUGGACAAGCCCCCGGUUGGUCUUGGUAUCCUGGGGCUCCAACGACACCCCAUUUAGGGUUACCACCGGCACCCACUUCCUUAACUAGUCAAUUUACAAAGGAUGAUCUACAAAAACGAGCCGAAGCUAUGCACGAAAAUACGUCUGAUGGGAAUUCUGAACAUAAUUCUUCUGGUGAUGAAGAUUCUCAACUUAGGUUGAGGUUAAAAAGAAAAUUGCAAAGGAAUCGAACGUCGUUUACAAACGAGCAAAUAGAUAGUUUGGAAAAAGAAUUCGAAAGGACGCAUUAUCCGGAUGUUUUUGCAAGAGAAAGGCUAGCUGAAAAAAUUGGAUUGCCUGAGGCACGUAUCCAGGUUUGGUUUAGUAAUAGGAGGGCAAAAUGGCGACGUGAAGAAAAGUUAAGAAACCAAAGAAGAGCAGUCGAACAAGUUGCUGUUAGUCCACCGGUUUCUGCGGGCCGAUUACCCAUUAAUUCUGGUUUUAACUCUAUGUAUUCAUCGAUUCCGCAACCAAUAGCUACUAUGGCGGAUACAUACAGUUCUAUGUCAAGUGGGUUAAGCAGCAGUUGCUUACAACAACGAGAAGCCACCGGUUAUCCGUAUAUGUUUCACGAUCCUUUGCACUCUUUAAGUUCGUCUUAUAAUACUCGAGCUGCCGCAGCAUGUAAUCCUGCAGUUGCUCACGCGCAACCUUCUUCACAUCCUUCUUAUGCUCCAGCAGGAACACCUACAUCUGUUCCGGUAUCAACAGGAACUGGUGUAAUUUCUGCCGGUGUAUCAGUUCCGGUACAAAUACCAUCGCAAACGCCUGAUUUGACAUCGAACCUAGCGUCGAAUUAUUGGCCCCGGAUUCAGUGAUCUCAACUUUUCGGCUUUCCGCCACCAAGUUUACUGGUGCAUCAGGAAAGCCCGGCCCUGCAUGAAACCGUGACGCCGCCGAGUGUUACGAAUUCCAACCAAGAUCCGGAAUCUUCCUCUUAAUUAAGCGUGCGCCACCUGUGAACGAAUGUAAGGAAGUAACCGGUUUAGGGAGGAACUGCAGGGUACUUUAACGUACAAAAAUUCUGAAAAAAAUUAAAUUAAACCAAAAAACGACGUCAUUUAAAAAGAUUUUCAAAGAAAAAUGAAUAAGAUUUUAACAUUAAUGAAAAAGAAAACAUAAUAAUAAUAAAAACAUGUGCAUAUUGUAUUAUAAACGUGAUUAAUGUAGGGAUUUUAAAAGAAUAGGGGGUUGAUAAAGCAACCUUAUUAAUAAUUGUACAUUCGCCCGAAUCAAUGAUAUUGCAUAUUUUAUCGCAUCGAGUUCGUAGUAAGUUGUUAAAAUUAACAGUUAAAGAAAAAUAAAUGAGGAAGAACCACAAUAACCGAUAACAAAAAAAUAAAGAUGGAAAGAAAAUAGCAAUAAUAAUGAUUAAUUAAUUAAUUGUAAACAGAAAAAAUCUUAUCUCCUUCUCUCUCUGCAAUAGCUAAUGGUGUAAUGUGUUAAAUUGAAGAGCGAUUUUCCGUUUUACGUUGUCGUUUUUAACAAUCUUUUUUACGUCUUGAUAGGUUUUAUGAUCGCUGUGAUUAUGUUAGGGAAGUGUUUUGAAAAAAAUUUUAUUCGAAUUAAAAUCAUAACAAACAUUUUAAAACACUUCCCGUUCCUUAUUGUAAACACUUAUUACUUAGUAAUAAUAAUAAAUAGUCGUGCUGUCUCAGUGUGUAUAAACGAUAAAAAUUAGUAAUGAAAUAAAAAAAUUCUGGACAAAAAAGAUCUAAUUUUAUUUCGAUUAUAUUCAGCCUUUACAAUCACAUUCUUUAAUAUUCCUAUAAACUACAAAAA